AGGACCAUCCAAAUAAAGUGGCCUGGUCACUAAUGUCUAUCUUUCCAACAACCAAAAGUGGAAAAUCGUGAAUAUUGAGAGAUGUCAGAGAAAGAAUCGAAAGGGCAUAGCAAUGCUCAUCACAGCCAUCAGCUGGAACAAUUCGUCCUUCUUGCCAAAAGCGCAAGAGGAGCAGGUCUGACAGCUCUCAUCAAUCAAGUCAUUGAAGCACCUGGUGUUCAUGUGUUUGGUGAACUAUUAGAGAUGUCUAAUGUGCAAGAGUUAUCAAAAACAGAAGAUGCUCCUUACUGGCAAUUACUCAACAUAUUUGCAUUUGGUACUUACAGUGAUUACAAAGCCAAUAUUUCUACUUUACCUGAACUGUCUCCCAUACAACAAAAGAAGCUUAGACAUUUGACAAUUGUUUCUUUAUCAGCAAAAUCUAAGUUUAUUCCUUAUCAGUUACUUUUAGAAGAGUUGGAUAUAUCUAAUUUAAGAGAGUUAGAGGACCUAAUAAUUGAGGCAAUAUAUGCUGAUAUUAUCCAUGGCAAGUUAGACCAGAAAAACAAACAAGUUGAAGUAGAGUAUGCUCUAGGAAGGGAUAUUAAACCAGAAACGGUUAGCAAAAUAGCAGAUAUUCUACAGGAAUGGUGUGAUAGCUGUGAUUCUGUUCUCAGUAGUAUUGAUAAACAAAUUCAUAGAGCUAAUCUUUACAGAGAGAAAAAGGUACAGAUCAAGAAAUCUGUGGAAACAGAGGUAGAAAGCCUUAAGAAAGCUAUAAAAGCAACAUCCCAAACUGGAGAAAUGGAGGAGGAGGGAGAUAUGGGUGUUGGAGCAUACCAAAGUCAACAAUACCAGCAGAAAUCAGCUUCUUCUGGAAAACAAAAGGGGCACAGAGUGGGAGGCAAGGUCUUUGGUUCGCAAGUACGAAGAUAAUAUUAGUGCCAAAUCAAUAUCAUACAAAUGUAUUUCUUCUAAACUGAACAAAGUAGUGAUGGCGGAUUGACUCAUUGACAAUCUUUUGUGUUAGGGCUAUUUGUUGCAUUUCAUUUGAGAGAAACGUUUUCAUUUCAAUUUGUACAUCCCAUUCAAUUCCGAUUUGUACAUUCAUUUCCCAAAUGAACAAAUUUCACAACCAGCCAUUGGAAUGUCUGAGUUUGCAGAAAAUGAAAAACUGCAGUAAAAAUCACUGAUGAGAGUUUUUUGAAUAAACUUGUUUCAAAGUAUAGUUUAUUAUAAUAGUUUCCUAAUUCAUCUUAAACGUUGUUUAAACAUAAUUGUAUAGCAUAAACUCACUACAUAGCCUCCUCAGCAGGAAACUCUGAUUUUGGCGAUUCUUUUGAGUUCUUUUGAGAUGGAUUAAGCUUAUGGAAUAAGCAGUGCCAAAGAAUACCAGCUAGAGUUGCCUUCGUAGGAGCCUGUAUGCUACAGAUUCUCUGAUUGGUUGGAAAACAGUGCUCUCUCAAGUAAUAGAGCAUGGUGAUGAUGUCAUCAUCCACUCAUAUAUAUAUAUAUAUUGACCACACCCUAAUUUCAAUUCUUGUUUAGUGGGUGUUACCCCUAUCAUGAUGUACAUAUAUCUUGUAAGCAUGUACCCUGCGAGGAGAGAUUCCCUUUUCUAUAGAAAAGGGAAUCUCUGCUCGCAGGGUAGUUAGCCUGUUGUCUUAGUCAUUUAUUUAAAGAAUUGACAGUUAAAACAUCGGUUUAUGUACUUAAUAUGUAUAAAACAUUAAACAUCAAGGUUUUGCAACAA